CUUGACUGUUACUGACAGUGACAGCUGACAUUUGUAUUUUUAAUCUUUUGUUAAUUUUUUCAAUUUAUUAAAUGAGAGAAAAGCAAUAAAUGAACGUAUGUUUUGUAAAAUUUCGUGUAAAAUUGGAAAAAAUUAUUAGAAACAAAUUUUGUAAAUUUUGAAAUUAUCAAAAAUGUAACUUUUUUUUUGACGAGAAAAAGAAGGCAAAAUGCAAAUAAUUCCAUUGACAGUAUUAAAGGGAUUUAUCUAAAAAUUGAAUCAUGUUGUACAUGAUGAUGCGUAUCAAUUUUAAAACAAUUCUUUUGAUACUUGUUGUUGCUGUAUUGAGUUCAAUAUUAACAUCUUGGAAUAAUUGUGGAAAUAAUUCAUUUGAAAACAAUGUUGAAUGGAAAACACACUCGCAGCAUAAAGAUCGAACAAGCAACGAAUUGGGUUAUCAAGAGAUUGAUUGUUAUAUAAAUGGAGGUUAUUCCAUUGGUUGUCGUAAAGAGGGGGAUGAAGUUUAUAUUCCCUUUUCUUUUAUUCAUAAAUAUUUUGAGAUUUAUGGAAAAUUAGCCACAUACGAUGGUUUAGAGAGAUUCGAAUGGUUUCAUAGCUAUUCGAAAAUAGUGAAUCCAAAAGGAAAAUACGAUUCAAGGGGUGUGUUUAUGACAUUUGAAAAUUAUAAUGUCGAAGUUAGAGAACGAGUUAAAUGUGUUAGUGGAAGCGAUGGAGUUCCAAUAUCAACACAAUGGGAGAGUCAGGGCUAUUAUUAUCCCACUCAAAUUGCACAAUUUGGUUUAUCACAUUAUAGUAAAAAUCUUACUGAACCUGAACCAUAUAAAAAAGUAAUUGAAGAUGCUGAACGCGUGAGACAAGAUUGGAUUGUCCCUCAGGGUUCAUUGAUUACUCGUAUUUAUGAUAAAAAUGUAAAUAGUUAUGUAUUAAAAUAUGCAACACCCGAAACAAGUGCAUCGGGAAUAUCAUUAAGGCUAGAACAUGUUCUUGAUUUUGUAUUUAAAUUUGAUCUUUACACAAAAGACAAUGGAAGUAUUACUGUUAUAUUACAAUCGAGAGAGAAGAAAGACGUUUAUUAUUUACAUUAUACAACUAGCAAUAUUGUUUUGCAAGCGUUUAAUAAUCAUGUUCAUUAUGGCAUUGGCUUGUUGAAUAAUCAAUGGCGACGAUUGACGAGAGAUCUCGUCGUAGACUUACACAAAGGACUGAAUAUUAGUGAUAAAACCCGUAAACAAAUGUCCAGAUCAAAGUUGAAGGUGAUAAAAAUUAUUUUAAGCGGAUCUGGAAUGAUAGACAAUAUAACAUUAUCAACCAGUGAACAUAUGGAACAAUUUUAUGAUGCCGCUCGAUGGUUUGUUGCAAAUCAAAAUAUUACAUCAGGCGGUUGGCCUAAUCCAGUGAGAAGAAAAGUUUCCAAUGGCAUGGCUAUUCUUGAACCCGGCUGGUACUCGAGUAUGGGACAAGGACAUGCAAUUUCAGUAUUGUCACGUGCUUAUUAUCAUUCUGGUGAGGAUAAAUAUUUGAAUGCGGCAAUUAGGGGCUUGAGACCAUUUAAAGUAUCAUCAAUUAAGGGUGGAAUAACGGCAUCAUUCUUAGGUAAAUAUAUUUGGUAUGAGGAAUAUCCAACAACACCGCCAUCAUUCAUUCUCAAUGGAUUUAUAUAUUCGCUUAUUGGAUUAUACGAUUUAAAAAGUAUUGCAUCGGGAAAAGAUGCAAAUGAUGCGCUAAAACUUUUUGAACAAGGUAUGACAUCUUUAAAAAAUAUGUUAACAUUAUAUGAUACCGGCUCUGGUACAACAUAUGAUUUACGUCAUUUUACAUUGAAAACUGCUCCCAAUAUUGCACGUUGGGAUUAUCAUUCAACACAUAUCAAUCAAAUACUUUUACUCAGUACUAUUGAUAAUGAUCCAAUUUUUACGACAAUCACCGAAAGGUGGAUUGGUUACAUGAGUGGAAAAAGGGCCGCACAUAAUUAAUUAUGAUUUUUGUUUAUAAAGCACAAAUUUAAAGAUAUUUAAUUUAUUUAUUUAUUUAAUUUUCAUAUCGCUGAGGUUUUUCAUUAGGAAUUCGAUUUAAAAAAAAAAUGGUUAUUUACCAUUGAUUGUGAUAUAUUAACAUUCUCGGUAAAAAAUUUUAAAAAAGACCUUGAAUUUUUUUUUCAAUUAAGAUUAAAAAGUAAUUUUUAUUACUGUAGUUAAUUAAAUUAGUUAUCAAAUAAGUUGUAAAUAUUUACAAAUCUAAGUUAUUUCUCUCAUUAAAAAAAGGCACAAAUAUGUUGUUAAUAUAUGAAAAAUCUAGCAAAGUACAUAAAAAUGCCAUUUAAGUUUAAUUAUUCCAUACAUUAAAAAGGUAAUUCUAAU